AUCACUCUCACUUCCCUUUUUCUCUUUCUCAGGCCGACAGCCGCCACCUCUAGCUCAUGCGCCAGCUCUGCAGGUCUGGCCGCCGUGGCCUCAUGGCCGUGACGUGCUGUCGCCGGGGCAGCGCCGCCGCUUGCACCGGCCCGCCUGCACAGCUUGGUGCGGCGGGUCACCGGGCGCUGGCCGGAGCCUCUGCGCCAUGCCGCGAGCGCUGCGUGCUCCGCGCGGGCCGCAAAGCCCUUCCGCGGCCGCCUCACGCGCGCGGGGCUGUGCACCGCCUAGGCCUGCAGCAUGUGCGGGCCCGGCUGCCGCCUGGCUUGCCUGCCUGCCGCCGCUUAUGCGCCUCCGUGGGCAUGCGUGAUGGCCGAGCUCCGAGUCUCCGUGGCUGAGUGUGAUGGCCGCUUGUGUCGAGAGGUCCAUGCGCCAAAGCACUGUGCGCCAGCCGCCGCCGUCGAGCACCACAGCGGGCCCUCUCGCCGACGUCACAUGCGACCAGGUCGCGCGCGGCUCUGUCGAGGGGCUCCGCUGGGGCGCAAAUCAUGGCCUGGAUGGUUCGCUGUACAUCGGUGCUGGCGCGCCGGCAUCUAAUGGCGGCCAUGCAACAGGUCUCUCCGGCAGCCAGUCACGAAGACAACUCAUGCCGCUACAGCCAUCGGAGAUUGAAGAUCACUUUCCAAAACUCCAACAGCAGGAAGCCUGCUCGAUGCUGUGACAGCAGGAAGACUGCGGUCAUAGUUUCGCCGGAGGCCACCACCGCCGGUGGAGUAUUGGAGUACAUCUGCGAUUGGACUCGGGACAACUCGCCGAGAAGUGGCGCCGUCGUCGCGCGCCUAUCUUCCGGAGACUCGCUGCCGAGACGACCUCCCCAGCACUGUCAGGUGGCCGUGGCCUGGAGGAUGAACUGGUAACGGCGCAUCCGUGUGCUCCAGGACCCACAUGGCGUGCGCUAUGGACGGCCGCUCGCUCCGCGCCGGCUGCGUGCACCAGAGACCGACGACGAGCACGCGCUCCAUCUGCUGGUCGCUGUUGGACUCUACAGCGGCGGACCUCAGCGCUGGGCUCGCAGCCUCAAGAACUCUUGUGUUCUGGCCUGCGUACAGCUCCCACACCCAGGAUGGCAGCGGCUUCGAAUUCCUCCAUGGUCCAAGGCCAGUGACCAUCUCCAGCAGGACAAUGCUAAAGCUGUAGACAUCGGACUCCACGCACCUCUUGCCGGUCUCCACAAACUCCGGCUCGAUGUAUCCUUUCGUUCCCAUGACAGUUUCUGUUGUUUGCGCCUCGGCCCUGUGGUCGAGGAGGCGGGCGAGCCCGAAGUCUCCAAGCUUGGCGUUGAGCUCCUCGUCGACCAUUAUGUUGCUUGGCUUGAUGUCCCCGUGCACCACAUAUUUGGUGCCACUGUUCUCCGUGUAGGUAGACUAAUGCCUUCCCAAGACCGAUGA